CUAAGGAAGAUAUAAUGUAUAAGGAGAAAAUAGUGAAAAUAAUGAAUUGUAUAAUUUCCCGCCGCGUCGGAGGCCGGGUUGUGACGCGGGUCAGCAGCAGGCCUCGCUGCUCGCUGCCGUUCCUUUUAUUUUCGCUAUCUCCGGCUUUCUGUGAGGUCACUUCUUCGCCAGCAGCAUAAAAAUAAGUGCCGGCGACAAUUGACAUGUGCGAGGAGCCGCCACAGUGCCGGGGACCGACGGGAGGGCAGGCCGAGGUGAGUGGACGACGAACUGUUGUCUUGUCCGACGGUGGUUCUCUUUCGUUGUUGUGGUGACGGCCGGUGACGGGCCUGGCGGUGUGUGUCAUCCUGGGUGUUACGUGCAUGCUUCGUGGCAGGGACUGUUACCGUGGGUUACCUCAAGCCUCGUCAGGUCACCGUCAGGGUGUCACCUCGGGGAGCCGACGCGGGCGUUGGUGUGCCCCGCGGGGCGUGCGCGGCGAGCGACACGCUUAGGUACUUCUUGUUGCUGUCCGCGGGGCGGAGGGCGGGAAGGAAUAACUAUGCAGGAAGUUUAUUCACACCGGUAUUUUCUGCCUAAAUGCAGAUGAGCGACCUUCAGCUCGGCGCGGGAGAUGUUCCGCACGCGUGGAGUUUUGGCGCGCCCGCCGCGGCCUACGGGUCAUUAUGGUGGAUGGCGGCAGUGCCCGGCGCCUCUUGUUCAGCAGGCGGCCCUGUCUGGCCUCCUUCGGGGUCGUGGGUAACACCCCGCCUGACGCAGACUUUCCGCGGCGUGGCGUGGCGGCGGGCAGUGGGCGUGAGGGCGGCGGGGCCGUGAGUUACCGCGGGCAACACACUGCCUGUCGCAGGACCCGUGCCAGCCCGGGGCGGGACAGCAGGGCAGGUCAGCCUGGGGGGCUGGCGGGGGCGUGUGGCGGCUGACACCCGCAGCCCGGCGGGAGAUGUCGUCACCUCCCGGUGCUGGCAUUGUGGCCCUGCGCCGCGGCGCCCCUGGCUGGCCACGCCGGGAUGGUGUGCUCGCCGCGGGCUUGGCACCGCUGCGGGGCGCGGAUCUCGGGGCUGCUUUGGCCGCCCCGGCGGCAGCCUCGCUCCCUCGGGGAAAUACAUAUGUCUAAAAAGAAAUAUCUGGUGGUUCCUACGAAAAUGUUACACCAGAAAACCAUUAAUUAUGUAUACAGAACCAUUUAUAUGAGUAGUAGGCGUAGUAGGCUAUGCCCUGAAUCAGUAAAUAGGCUAUAUACAAAAUACAAAGAACAAACAAAGGGUGUGAAAAAUAUCUACCAAGUGAAAGCUAAUAGUCUGUAUGAAGAACUGAACAUGAAUCAAUGAGGAAAACAAUGUAAAAACGAGACGUAACAACGGAGUGUCAAAAUAUGUGUUUGACCACUACCAUGCCGCCGUGCCCGGACCACCAGCGCCACCCAAGAGGAACCAGGCGAGUCACGUUCUCCGCUAUUCCUCUUAUUUUGUGAUCUUCAGCUGUCGCUGAGGCCUUUUCUUCGCCAGUAGCAUAAAAAUAAGUGCCGGCCGACUGUUCCUAAGUGCCAAGAGCCGCCACAUUGCCGGAACGAAGGCGGGGAGCGAGAGGAUCAAGACAAGUGAGUGCUGAAUGGGCAGCAAGUUAUCGCCGAGGCGCGGGAAAGUUAUCUCAUCCUGUCAUUAUUUUGUUGCCUUAUAAUCCCGCGCUGGUGACGUCCUCGCGGUGUUCAUCCCGGCGGGUGUUGCAUGUAGUGUUUUGUUGUGUGUUAGUGGUUUCUGCCGUGUGUUAGCAUAAACACUGUAAGGCCAUUGACGUGGCGUUGUGUCCGGGUUGUCGGGGCUCGUGGGUCCAGGUGGGCCGUGCGCGACGGGUGUCACGGAGUAAAUACACACUGCUUCGUGGGCGGGGCGGGACGGAAGUAUUGCUGACACAGACAUUACUUAUUAUCACGGCCCAUGUGUUUACACCGGUAUUCACUUGCUGAAUGCAGACGAACGGAGUCCAACCCGCCGCGGUCGUGCUCCCGUCAACGCGACCACGGGUGGCACCUUUGUGGGACAAGGCGUCCCCGGGGCUGACCUCGAGUGAAGGACAGGUCUCGUAAGUGGUUUGAUGAAUCCGGCCCCUGUACUGUACACGACAACAGGCGCACCACCUAACACCACCGUAGCCGAUCCAGGACUCAGCACGUUUGCUAACUAGUAGAAGAACUUGACGUCAAACUGAGGAGAGAGAGAAAAAAAAAGAUGAAUGAGAGAAAAUAAAGAAUGAGAGGAGAGGAAGAGAAGAGAAAGAGAGAGAAAGAAAGAAAGAAAGUUAGUGAUUAGUGAACAGAAAUUAAAGAAAACGAGAAAAUAAAGAUAAUAAAGAUAAAGAAAGUGAGAUAGACAGAAUGGAAGACAAAGAAAAGAUAAAAGGAAAAGAAACCGAGAAACAGUGGAAUAAGAUAAAGACGAAGAAGAGGUGAAGGAAAAAAAAGAAAAUAAAUAAAGAGGAAAGUGAAAGAAAGUGAAAGUGAACGAGAGAAAGAGAGAGAAAAUAUGUGACGUAAAAAUGAAAAUAAGAGUGAAAAGAAAGAAAAUGGAAAGUGGAAAAGUGGAUGAAGGUGAACGAGAAUGAGAGAAUAAAAUAAUAAAAAGAAAGUUAAUUAAAACCUAAGGAAAAUAAAGGAAAAUAAAGGACAAGUGUCGAGGGAAGGAAGGAAAAAAAGGAAAAUAUUGGAGAGGUUUACACUGAAAAGAAAAGGAAGGAACAAAAUAAAGUUUAGAGAAGAACAGAAAAUACGCGAUGAAACAGUGAAUGAAACGUGCUGAAAAGGUGUGGGUUCUACUGAGGCAGCGGAAAUCAGCAUCAGUGUGUGUGUGUGUGUCAGAGUCAGCAUCAGAAAGCAUCAGUAAGCCGCGGAGUAACUAUGCUGAACUCGGAGAAGAUCGCAGUGUUCAGGAGUAACUCGGAUACGCAGCGGACGACGAGGCGGCAGAAGUUCAGGAAUUUCUCGCUCAGAUGUCGACACUUUGGCUGGGAUGAGGAUGGAGGAGGCGGCGGAGGAGGAGGAGGAGGAGGAGGAGGCGGAGGAGGCGUCGGAGGAAACAUCGGAGGUGGCGGCACCCGAAACUCCUCCCUCCGGUACUCCAAAGCCAACGGGUCAACCCAUACGUCCUUGGGGUCACGACCUUCCACGGGGGACAACCCAGCGCCCCGGAGGUCAAACUGGGAGGUCAUAGAACACUACCACAAGUCGGGGUUAGUCGGGGCGUCGUCCUCCAGAAGCCCGACGGAGGAGGAGGCGGAGGAGGAGGAGGAGGUGGAGAGCAUCUUAGAAUCAUCUCCUGCCUGGUAUGACUUUUGCGCACUCUGCCGUCGGGUCUUCAAGUCACAUCAAUUUAAAAACAUCAACGUCGAGGUCCUAUAUCAACGGUACUUCCUCCGUAUGAACCAAUCAAGCAUGAUAUCCCUCCUAGGCCUACUCCUGCUAGUGGUACUCGCUAUCCUAGGCCUACUAACUUACCUAGGCCUGUCCAAGUUCGCCCUCCAAGCUGGGACUCUGGCUGCAUUCGCUAUUCUCUAUCUAGUGCUUGAGGUGCUACUCUGGCGGUCUCGCUCGCUCAAUGAGGUUUCCUUGAUAAGGUUCUCGUAUCUCGUCCUCGUGUCGUUCUUUGGCCUGGAACUCCUCGUCACGCUCAGCUCCCAGCCGCCCACUGCGUCCUCCGGGGUGUGGGCGACCCUGUUCUUCGUCUAUAUGACCUACACUUUACUGCCACUGGGGAUCCUGGAAGCCACGGUCGCCGGGGUAUUGCUGGCCGUCACUCAUGUGGUCUCAGUGCUGUCCAUCCUGCCCCCGGAGACCCCCUACCUAUGGAGACAAGUCAGUGCCAACAUCCUUCUCUUCGUGUGCGUGAACAUCGGCGGCCUGUUCACGCACUACCCCGGCGAGGCAGCGCGGCGGCAGGCCUUCAUGGAGACCCGGCAAUGCGUCUCCACCAGGAUCAAGACACAGAGGGAGAACCAACAACAGGAGGGGCUGUUGCUGUCUGUCCUGCCCCGCCACGUGGCCGUCGAGAUGAAGCACGACAUCGCGGGCACGCCGGAGGACAAGAUGUUCCACAAGAUAUACAUCCAGCGAUACAACAACGUCAGCAUCCUGUUCGCCGACAUCUGCGGCUUCACAACGCUGUCUGACCAGUGCACCGCCGAGGAACUUGUGAGGCUGCUGAGUGAACUGUUCGCACGUUUUGACCGUCUAGCCGCCGAGCACUACUGUCUCCGGAUCAAGCUCUUGGGUGACUGCUACUACUGUGUGAGCGGCCUGCCAGAUCCCCGCCCGGACCACGCCCAUUGCUGUGUCGAAAUGGGUCUUGAUAUGAUAGAAGCCAUUGCGCUGGUGCGCGAGGUUACGGGCGUGAACGUGAACAUGCGCGUGGGCAUUCACUCCGGGCGGGUACACUGCGGCGUUCUCGGGCUCAGGAAGUGGCAGUUUGAUGUGUGGUCCAACGACGUCACGCUGGCAAACUACAUGGAGUCUGGAGGCAUCCCUGGGCGCAUCCACAUCACUAAGGAGACUCUCGCCUACCUCAACGGCGACUACAAGGUGGAGCCGGGCCACGGCGGGGACCGGAACCAGUACCUCAAGAUGAUGAACAUUGAAACCUUCCUAAUAGUGCCCGACGACAGCUACAAGGACCCGCACGCGAAGAAGGCCUCGAGUUACAGCAUGAACGGAAGCAUAAACAAGGAGAUGCGGAUGAUUGGCCACGAGCCCGCCAAGCAGACCACCAACAUCCACACCAAGUUGGGUCUCAGCGACUCCCAAGGCGGCAAGAACACAACGGAGGAAGUGAACGAGUACUUAGCGCUGGCCAUUGACGCAAGAUCCAUAGACAGACUAAGGAAGGAAAAUUGCAAGCCGUUUCUCCUGACGUUCACCAAGCCCAGCGUGGAGGAGAAGUACCUUCGUGAGCGGGAUCGUAUGUUGUCCGCUUACUUCACCUACUCGUGGAUAACGGUGAUGGUGGUCUGCGUCAUACAGCUUGUUAUCAUACCCAGGUUCUAUGUGUCCGUGGGCGUCUUCCUUGUGGGCGUGGGCGUGGCAACUCUCGCCUUGGUGCUGGCGGUGGGCGAGGGCAGCAAGUACCUGCCGAAGUGGGUGAGCAAGGCCAGCGAGGGCGUGUCCAGCAGCCGCACGGUGAGCCAGAUGUUGGCGGCGCUGCUCGUCAUGGUCAUGUUCCUCUGCUCCAUUACAUCCAUGUUUCUUCUAGACCUGAACAGUUACCACGACUGUUACCACCAACGCACCACCACCACCACCACCAUCACCACCACCAACACCACCAUCACCAUCACCACCACCAACACCACCACCAACACCACCACCACCACCACCAUAUCGGACAAUGAAAUCGACAUAGACGGUGGUGAUGACGGAGGUGGUGGUGGUGGUGGAGGGGAAUACCCAUGGGAUGACGCCAACACCAGUUUCAACACCAGUGGUAAUGACCUCGGUGAUGGGAAUGGGACGAGAGUCGACACGGGAUGGGUGCUGACGGAGGGCCUGAGGGUGGUGGCGCCAAAGAGGUCAGCCCGAGGUCAUGUGGGGUCAGAUUUUAAUGUGACCCGCGGUGAUGAACUGAACGAUUGCCAUGAAGGAGCAACCACCCAUUUCCCUGAUUACUUCACCUUCUCCGUGCUGCUGGUGAUGGUGUCCUGCGCGGUGUACCAGCUCAUGUUCUCCAUCAUCAAGCUCAUACUCCUCGCGGGGAUCUGCCUGGCCUACAGCUGCAUGGUCACCUUCACGCACGCCACCCUCUUCGAUAAUCAAGAUGCCCUCAUUCUGCUAUCCAAUGGCUACGGUGAGGUCUUCGUGUCUCGGUAUGUGACGAUCGCUGUUCUCCUGGGCUUCACCGUUGCGUUUGUCAUUCACGCUAGGCAGACGGAGGCAACGAGCAGACUGGACUUCUUAUGGAAACUACAGGCCCAUGGUGAGAAGGAGGAAACGGAGCACCUUCAAGCCUAUAACCGCAAGCUCAUUUCCAACAUACUCCCAGAACACGUGGCCAUACAUUUCCUGAGUGUGGACCGGGCAGCGGACGAGCUCUACCACGAGGAGUGUGAGAGCGUGUGCAUUCUCUUCGCCUCCAUCCCCAACUUCUCCGACUUCUACGUGGAACUGGAGAGCAACAAUGAGGGCGUGGAGUGUCUCAGGCUGCUGAACGAGAUCAUUGCCGACUUCGAUGAGAUUCUUGAGGAGGACAGAUUCAAGAACAUAGAGAAGAUCAAGUCCACGGGCGCUACGUACAUGGCCGCUGCUGGGCUGACCAAAGCCACCAGGGACCUCAAGAACUUCAACCACGUGACGGCCAUGGCAGACUACGCCCUGAGACUGAGGGACCAGCUGGAGUACGUCAACGAGCACUCCUUCAACAACUUCAAGAUCAGGAUAGGCAUCAACAUCGGUCCUGUGGUUGCUGGUGUGAUCGGCGCGCGCAAACCACAGUACGACAUUUGGGGCAACGCUGUGAAUGUGGCCUCAAGGAUGGACUCUACAGGGGAGCUUGACAAGAUACAGGUGACCCAAGAAGUCUACCAAAUCCUGCACAAGAAGGGCUACCCGCUGACCUGUCGCGGCACCAUCAAGGUCAAGGGGAAGGGGGACAUGGUGACCUAUUUUUUGACGGGGAAGAGUCAUGACACCAUUGAGACUUCGGAAAGCCCUCAGACCAUGACCCAGACCGGACAGAACCACAAGUAACGGAGAUAAUCAACAAGUCGAGAUGCUUGUAGUGGUGUUAGUGGUGGUGGUGGAGCUGAACCCAAGUGGAGUAGAUGGGAGUAGAGGGAGUGGUGUUGAUAUUUGUAGUUGUGGAAGCUCUGUGGAUUGAAAAAGGGAAGGUGGAAAAAGUGGAGGUGCUUGUAGUGGUGUUGAAGCCAAGUGGAGUUGAGUGGAGUUGACAUUUGUAGUUGUGGAAGCUAUGUGGACUGAAAAACAGAGGUGGAAGAAAGUGGAGGUGCUUGUAGUGGUGUUAAUGGUGGUGGAGUUGAACCCAAGUGGAGUAGAUGGGAGUAGAGGGAGUGGCGAUGAUAUUUGUAGUUGUGGAAGCUUUGUGGACUGAAAAAAGGAGGUGGAAAAAAAGUGGAGGUGCUUGUAGUGGUGUUGAAGCCAAGUGGAGUUGAGUGGAGUUGACAUUUGUCGUUGGGGAAGCUAUGUGGACUGAAAAUCGGAGGUGGAAGAAAGUGGAGGUGCUUGUAGUGGUGUUGGUAGUGGUGGAGUUGAACCCAAGUGGAGUUGACAUUUGUAGUUGUGGAAGCUAUGUGGACUGAAAAAACGGAAGUGGAAAAAAAGUGGAGGUGCUUGUGGUGUUGGUGGUGGUGAUGAACCCAAGCGGAGUUGAGUGGAGUUGAUCUAUGUACUUGUGGAAGCUUUGUGGACUGAAAAACGGAGGUGGAAAAAAGUGGAGGUGCUUGUAGUGGUGUUGGUAGUGGUGGAAUUGAACAAAGUGGAGUUGAACAGAGUUGAGUGGAGUUAACUUAAGUACUUGUGGAGCCAAAACUGACAUCUGGAGGUGAAGAAAUGGAGGUGCAUGUGGUGGUGGAGUUGAACCCAAGCGGAGUUGAGUGGAGUUGAGUGGAGUUGACUUAUGUACUUGUGGAGGUGCUUGUGGUGUUUGUAGUGGUGGAGUUGAACCUUAGUGGAGUUGACAUAUGUGUUUGUGGAGUCUAGUGGAGUUACCUCAAGCCACUCCGAACUAUAUUAGUGGUGAGGAGGAGGAGGAAGAAGAAGAAGAAGAAGAAGAAGAAGAAAAAAAACUGUAAUUAUU